ACUCCCCCUAACCCCAAUGAAACCAAUUAGGUCUGUGAUUAAAUGGAAGUCACUAUAGCAUUCCAGUAGGUUGGUCAUUACUGGCAUCCAGUGGGGACUUGUUGCUAUGUUUAUUUGGCUUGCAGGCCUGUUCCAGGGAAGCCAUGUCACAGCCAGUACCUGGCAACAGUCUCAUGACCCAAUCAGAUGUGGCACUGGUAGUGAAACAUACAAUACAGUAUAAGACAAUGUUCCCUUGAACUGCUGAUUUUUUUAUUUUUACUUUGUGGUGUAACUGUAUUUCAUAUGUAGUGACCUUAGUUAACUAAGUUACUUAGUUAAAAACCUUAAGCCUGUAGCCCUGUGUCUCCCUACAUCCACAUGCUCCACUGCGUCAGCAGAUACCCAAUCAUUAUCACCUAAUUACUGAAGGAUAGUUAAUCACGCACAUUCUCACACCUCAUUACUAUGAAAGGAGCACCAUUACAUUAAUUACUACAUUUAAAAAGAAUGAAGAAAAUAUGCAUUUAAAUAUGUAAAAGAAUACAGAGGACCUGUAGAAUUUUCUUUCAUCAAACAUGAAUGCAUGUCACAUUCACAGACUCAAAGUAAAAGAAUCGUGAUGUAGUUCUUUUUUAUUUUUAGAACAUCUUUGACAUCCAACGCAUCCUGAUUUUUUUCACAUAAUGAGAAAGAAGGCAUGUGGGGAAAAUGGCAGGAAAGUUCUCACUCCUUCUUGCCUGACAUUAAUGGCUGAUACAGGCUGUUAAUGCCAGCGGCAUAGCAUGCACUGCCAUGGUUACCUAAGUCAUUAGGGACUUUGACUUCUCCCAUCCCACAUCUAUCUCCCUGGCAUCACAAACAUGUUUACUGACACCACCAAAGAAUGAGUAAAAUGACCACUUAUUUAUUCCUAAAAAAUAAAAGCGAGUGCUGGGCUUCACACGUGAAAAUCAUAUUAACCAAAGACUUUUCUCUUUAAUGAAAUACCAUAGACCAUAGUCAGUAAUAUACUGACUCACUAGGUUGUCUUGCUGCCAUACGUCAUGGCAAAGAAAUGUAUCACAUUUUACUGAAUAUUGUAAUAUUCUUGCAAAGAUUCAUGUAAUUUUGUAACAUUCUCUCAAUAUCUACCUGCUGGCUGUCAUGAUUUUGUGGUCCACGAGGGACUGAUGGUGCGACGAGGGGAGGAGAAAGACAGAGCCACAGAGGAUUUAGUCUUUGAGUACGCCCUAAACAGUGACUUAGCAUCAUCUCAAAGAGAAAAAUGCACGUACAAUGUGGUCGUUAAAUAUGUAAUUGAGAUUUUCAUCUGUGAAAAAUGAGUUGGAUGCUCUCCUUCUGGGUGGCGACGGCCCUGCUGGCUCUGUGUGGGGGAACAGACACUAUGCAUGAAGGAAAUAGCUUGUCUGCGUCUGGCUAUCAUCUAUGUAUUCACAAUGAGACUAGGAAUGUGAGUGUCCUGGUGAUGCAUACGGUCCCCUAUACUGUGAUAAAGCCUUGUGGUGGCUGGCUCCUCUGGAAGACAUGUACAGUCACACUUUAUAGGACGAUCCAUCAGACCGAGUACAAGACAGUGAUGGAGCAGGUGACUGGAUGCUGCACAGGCUAUGUGCAAGUCGGCCGUUACUGUGCUCUGCCUGUAAGCAGGAGUGUUGAGUUCACUGCCAAGCCAGGAUCCUGUCCAUCUGCAGAUGGAUUCCUUCCCAGAUCUGAGGACUGUGAGUGGGACAUGGACUGCCCAGGCUGGCAGAAAUGCUGCCAAAGAUCGGGUCACUCUCUCUGCAGUGAUCCUGCAAGCUCAACAAAUUAUUAUGAGAAUGGAGGAUCUCGUUUUAAUGCAACGGUGACAGUGAAGACAGAUUAUGAUGAACUGAUGUCCAAUGAUAGAGGACAUCUGGAUCACACACGAUUGCUACAAGCAAUGGUGACUGGAGCUCUGCAGUCUGAUGUUUCAGUUUAUUACCUCAGCUCACAGCCUGUGCAUCCCUAUAGAACUGCCACUUCCCUACUGAUAGACUGCAACGUUACUCUUUCACUGUACAAUGUCACGUCAAAGCUACAGCAUCUCCUCAAACACAUACUGGAGGUGUCAUCUGUAACCGUGGAAGAUGUGGAUGAGUGUGAACAGUCUGCUCUUUGUCGGUGCUCCCCUCAGGCCCACUGUAACAACACAGUGGGCUCCUACCAUUGUGCCUGCCACCAAGGAUAUAUUGACGUUGACCCCAACAGCCCUGGAGCCCAUUGCACGGCUGACGUCGGCAUGGCGACCACCCCAGAGCCCCCACUUACCUACCUUCCACCCAUGAACACAAGUUACACCACAGCUUUCAACAGCACACAGGACCCCGUGGGCAACCGCACCAUGGGUGUCUUCAACUCCACUGAGACCAGCAUGACUACAGUUCUGAGUAACACCAGCCCUGUCCCUUAUAGUUCAACAGAUGCUCCGCAGCGGAUAGGUUCUGCACCGCACAGCAGCGCAAGCACAACUUUAGAGUCACUUCUGCCGACAAUCACAUGCUCUGCUCCCAACAUUGCCAGCGUAUGGUCGGCUAACGUGACUGGAACCUCCUUCUGUGUCAACUGGUCCAGCCAGUUUCAGACAAACCAGACUUACCAGGUUGUUCUAAGCAAGGGGUCAGAGGUCAUUCAUUCUUGCGAAACCAAUCAGACCAUGAUGGAGCUGAGGGGACUGCAGCCUGGGGUGCUCUACAAUGUUACUGUCACUCCUCAGUCCUGCGGAAGCCAAGGAGUUGCUCUUCGCAUAAUGGUCAAGACUGAUGCUCAGACUCUGGAUGCCACAGCGCGAUUUACCAACAUCCAGUUCACUGCUGAUCUGCAGAACACCAGCAGCCAGGCCUACCAAAUCCUCACUAAGAAUAUUACAGAGGAGAUCUACAAGUCUCUGUCUCCAGAGAUUAAAGCCAUGAUGGAUUCAGGCCAGGUGAGAAUCGAGAUCAGACGUUUUUCCCCGGGAAGUGUGGUGGUCAACUUCACCAUCAUCUUUUCCCCCAGUCAAAGCCAAGAUAUCAGUAAUGUGUCGACAGCUCUACUGCACUCCUUGAUUAACAGCACCAUAUACACUGUGGAUCAAAGCAACACCAGAGCACAGGAUUUUGAUGAAUGUGCUUCAGGGGAAAAUGACUGUUCACAGUGGGCAACAUGUAGAAACAUCUUGGGCUCCUACACAUGUCUUUGCCUGGAGCUAUCUGUAGACAACAACCCAGGAAGGCCUGGACGAGACUGUCAAGCAAUUGCAUCAACCUCUACUGCCCCAGCAACCACCACUAGUCUUCCUGCAACUUCUUCUACUGCCCCAACCCCUACUGCUCCAACAACCACCAAUACUGUCCCUACAACCACCACUGCUACUUCUACUACUUCUUCUACUGCCCCAACCCUUACUGCACCAACAACCAUCAAUACUGUCCCUACAACUACCACUGCUACUCAUACGUCUUCUACUGCCCCAACAACAAUCAAUGCUGUCCCAACAACCACCACUGCCACUCAUACAUAUUCUACUGCCCCAUCAACCACCACUGAUACUUAUACUUAUUAUACUGCCUCAACAACCAUCACUGCUACUGAUACAACUUCUUCUACUGCCCCAGCAACCACUGCCCCAACAAACACCACUUCUACUCCUUUAACUUAUUCUACUGCCCCAACAAAUACUGCCUCAACAACCACUACUACUUCUACACCUUCUUCUACUGCCCCAACAACCACGACUACUAUAAUGAUAUCCAUGACUACAACCCCUACAACCACCGCUACCGGUCCCAGUACCGACAUUACAUCUCCUGCAACCACCGCUACUGCCCUGACAACUGCCACCAAUGCCAUAUCUGUACAGUGCCGGGUUGCUGCGAUCACUGUGACAGUUGCCAAGGAAUUUCUUGUGAGGAACAAGAUCAGGGUAGACACCAUCUACUUGGGGUUGCCAGAAUGUGGUGUCAAUGGAGGUAAUGCUACCCAUGCCCAGCUGACCGUGGCCUGGAACGAGUGCCUCACUAGGAUUGUGCAAAAUGAUAGCUACUGCUCAGCAUCUGUAACUCUGUUCAACACCAUGGAAAGGUUCACAUUGUCAACCAAUGGGACAGAAGAGGUACCCAGAAUACGGUUGGAGGUUCCCAUCAUGUGUACCUUCACAAAGAAUAUGCUUAUCUCUGUUGAUUCCGGCUCCAUGGGGUAUGAUAUGAUCAAAGAUGUUAUCACGGGUUUGGGGUCAUUCCAGGUGACAGUGCAACUGAUGAAUGGUACAAUGCCUCUACCCUCCAACUCCAUCUUGUCCUCUGAGGAGGCUGUGGUGUUGGAGGUCAGCCUCAAACCCUCCUCAGAGCAGAUUAAAGUAGUCAUCAACAGAUGCUGGGCCACGCCCACCCGAAACCCUGCGGACCCCGACAGCCACACCUUCCUGGCAAACAGCUGUUCCUUGAACACAUACACCAAAGUGUUGAUGAACGGGAACUCCAGCACAUCACGUGUGUCCGUACAGAUCUUCCGCAUAGUCAACCUGAAUGUGAUCUAUCUGCACUGCGAGGUCCAGAUCUGUGUGCCGAUUGAAGGGUAUACCUGUGUGCUUGACUGUCUACAAAGAACAGCUCGCUCUUCAAACAUCAUUGGAAGAGCUUCGGGUUCCUCCGGGCCUCUGCUGAGGUCAGGUGAAGAUCCCCUGGAGGAAGGGUAUACCACUCUUAACAUAGUUGGACUCUCCUGCCUGGGAGUUGGCCUGUCGCUCUUCUUCAUCAUUGGUUUCAUCUGUCUUUUCUUCUAUCAGAGGAACCGAAUUGGACACUACAACUUCAGCGCCCAACCAGAGAAGGAGAACUUCUCCUACCUUGUCUUUAAUGCCUAGAGCUGCAGCAGCACCCACAACUAAAGUCACAGAAUUGGAAAAGAGGAUCAAUUCUUUCAGCAGGCACAUUUGGUCGGCUCUUACGCUGCUGCUGCCACUGAGCGCCACUGUUGCACCAUUCACAUAUUAUUUCUCACCAAACAUUGCAAAUCUUUGCACAUUAGACAAUAAAUAACCUACAGAUUAUUUAUAGUUAUAUGAAACACCCCCCAACACAUAUUUGAGAUAUUCAAUUGUACAGUAGUUACUGGAAUGUCAAAUAUAGAGUCUAUAAAUAUUCCAUAUAGAAUAUAUAUAACACUGACAAAUAAAAAGGUAAGACUUUUUAGAAAUUUUAAAAAGCAAAGAUUUAAGCAUCAUUUUACCUUCAGCUGAGACAAAAAAGAAGUUCACAGAAGUACAAGAUAUGAUGAUACUGGAGAGAAAGUGUAAAUUCAGGAAAUUAGAAAAUACCUUAUAUGGUAUGGGGGAUUUUUCACUACAUGGUUCACAUCAGAAAUAGCAAUGUACUGAGUUUUACAGAAACAAGAUUGUAUCACAUAUCUUUGCAUAAAUAAUCAUGUUCACGUAGUCAAUUAUGAUUAAAAUAUACCAAGUGCAAGACAGGUCAAGUUAUCACUUAAUUGUCUUUUUGCUGCUAUUUUUCUACAGUUACGCUUUUUGUUUGUUCCGCGUCUGUCAUAGUCGUUUUGUUCUCACUGGACCAAAUUGCUCCGAUGCUGUAUGUGGUGUGACAAUAAACAUGUCCUGUGUGAAUAUAGCCACUUGGGGGUGCUGCUGUCCCAGUUCUUUAGCUCUAUAAAACACAGCAAGAUGGCUUCCUGCAUGCAUAGACUUAACAUGUAUACACUGUUCACAGAGGAC